UAUUGUGAAUGUAAUAUAAAUUGAAUUAUUCACUUUGAAAUGGCAGAUCUUAUAUGAGAUCUAUUUUAAUCAGAAGAGAACCAUCAGGAAGGAAGUCUGUAGCACCGGGCGGCAGGAUGGAGGGGGCGCGCUGCGGGGCGGCGGGGAGGGCCGUCCUGUCGCACGAGGGACAUUGCUCAGGCACCACAACUGACACCUGGACGCUGAGCCUGAGCCCUGCAGGGAAGGCCACGCGGUCACUAAGCUCGUCGGCCCCCACCCCUAUGUCCCCUCGGCCUAGCCAUCCAUCCACGCCUGGGACGGAGCCUCGGCCACGCUGUUUGGAACGUUAAAGGGAAAGGUGACCCUCUGCCCCCCGUGAUCUUGGGGCCACCAGAGCAACUGGCGUCUGGGUCACAGGUGUGCGGCCACAUUGUGCCCCAGACACUGGGUACCCCCGUCGCCCACCCCACGAGGGAAGGGCCUGAGCAGGUGGCGGCCGCUGAGACGAAGGAGGAGAAGUGCAGCGUGGGGGCGGGGCCGGCGCGAGGCCGUGGACUUUGGCAGCCGGGUAGGCAGGUGCACCAGGCUGCGCCCCAGCACGCAGAGGCACCUGGGCUCGCUCCGUGGCCGCAGCCACAGCCACCAUGCCGGGGAGGGCCUUCGUGCUGUGCCAGCUGCUUCUGCUGGGGCUGGGGUGCCAGGGCACCCUGCCCCCGCCCUGUGACAGCCAGAUUUACUGCCACGGGGAGCUCCUGCACCAAGUUCAGAUGGCCAAGCUCUUCCAGGACGACAAGCAGUUUGUGGACAUGCCGCUGUCCACGACUCCAGACCAGGUUCUGCAGCACUUCCGGGAGCUGGCUGCCAGCCACAACGACAGCAUUCCCCGGCCGCUGCUGCACGCCUUCGUCCAGGAGCACUUCCGGGGCGUGGGGCAGGAGCUGGAGCCCUGGACCCCCGCCGACUGGAAGGACAGCCCCCGGUUCCUGCAGAAGAUCGCGGACCCCAAGCUGCGGGUGUGGGGGGAGCAGCUGCACCAGCUCUGGAAGAAACUGGGAAAGAAGCCAGGCCUCCGCCCAGGAGUAUUGCCUCUGCUGACUGUGGCCUGUGCUCAGCACUAUUUGUUAGACACUUUCUCUCCUUUGAGGCUCAGAGACCUCAGUGGGUUUGCCCAAGGCUGCCCAGCAUCUGUCCUCCCAGCCGGCCCCCAGGGCUGGCACCCACUGGCUGCUCCAGGCCCGCCCCCCGCCCCCCAGCACCCCCAGGAGCAAAGCCCGUAUGACAUCAGCAACGGCGGUCAGCCGGGUGGUGGAGGGGAGUAUGAAGUUCAGGAGGGCUUUGGCUGGACCAAUGGCGUGGUCCUGAUGCUCCUGGACCGCUACGGUGACCGACUGAGCUCGGGGACCCAGCCAGCUUCCCUGGCGCCCCACGCCCUCCCGCUUGCCCUCCCGCUUGCCCUCCUGCCCAGCCUCCUGCCCCAGUGA